AUGAGUCUUGAUGAGCUUUCCCAGUAUGCACCAGAAUUGUUAUCUCUUUUGCCCGACAAAGUAAAAAGAGAUCAGGCAUGUCAACGACUUCAAAAUGGGUAUGGAUUUAGUAGAGAGCAAGCGUCUGUAUUAGUAUCCAUUCUGAGGGCUGGCCAAAGUAAAGGUGGCGCCACAUCCAAUUCCUUUCUGCGUAUUGUGCAAGAUAAUCUUAGCAAAGCGGAAGUAAAAGUUGCGGCUAAAUCUUUAGCUGAAACAGCUCCUAAUGCCGACGUGGGCACAUCUCAUCUUUCUAGACUCCGUAGCGAGCUGCGAUCCCUCAGCAUCUCAGAAAAAAUUAUCUCUGCUACAUUAAAUCCGGACAUAACCUGUUCAGCUAAUAAAAUCCAAAAGGAGAAAUGUUUACUGCGCGAAAAUGAAGGGAUCAAUUAUCCUGACCAUUUUGCAUUGGAAUCGGUUAAUAAAAGAUUACUCAGCACUUGCCGAUGUGAUGGUAAUGCUUUGUAUUCCCCUGCCAAAAUUAAAGACUUAUGCAUAUCUAAUGGCGGUGUAACUGGAUACGCAAAAAACCAAGGUCAACAGGAUAUUCCUAGGGUGUUUAGAUCGCUAGAAAAAAAUGAGAAGCGGGCAAGGCAAUUGCUUACAUGGAUUCAGGAAGCAAUCGUCUCCAGGGUGUUAAAGGAUCCAGGAAAGCUAGGCGCGCAAUGGUUCAAUACGUUCCUAAAGAAUUAUAACCUACUUCCAUCCUACUUACGUAAAAUAGGAGUAGUAUUCGCAGUAGAAGAGCAUGAUGCCAAAAUUUUAUCAAAAGCUAUGACUAUCGCCAGUGAAGCGCUUCGACACAGUUCUGAUAAUAACACUUCAUCGGUACAAAAUUAUAUAAUAGUUAAUUACAGACCUCGUGGAGUACCUUAUGAUCAGGCAAUUCCAUUCAAAGUCUCUGACAAAAACUAA